AUGUCGGCCGCACCACCUACUUUGCCCACGGCGGGUCCUCCACCAACACGGAAGAAGGGUAUUGCUUUGCAUCCAUGGCAACCCGGUCCAGGGCACUCCCAGAUCCUGACUUACCUCCAGGCGGGGAUGCAUUCGAGGGCGUUGAAGUUGCACCCUCUUUUGGAUCUGACGAUGUGGGAUCCCAACGUGGAACGCAAUCGAACAUCCUGUAAGCCAACCUUCCUCACCUCCCCUGGACCACUACCACCGGCCGACCGGUCAGGCGGAAGCGAACAAGUUGACCCAGAUCUCCCAGCAUACGCAGUCAUCUGGAUCGACGAAGAAGCACAAGAGACGGAAUUGGUCGGAGAGCGGGAUCACGCGGCGACUCAGCCUCGUGUGGAAGAGCUGUAUUGCUGUCACGCAGAGACGGGUUGGGUAGUAAGAGUACGGAAUCGAGGGGGUGUGACAGUAAAUGACGUUCUACAUGCGAUAUCACCGUUAUACGUCGACGAGAUGAUGGAGAUGCAUCCGCGGGGAGUCCGAAUCAUGGAACAACGAUACUUUGAAGCUCGGGCCAUGUUCGGGGGGAUGGCGCCGGGAAUGGGCAUGUUCGACGGGUACAGAAAAGCGGACGCACUGCUCGGACGGACGUUUUUUAAUGGGAUCAAGUGGGAUCCUCAGGUACUCGCAGAUCGAUACUUCGUCGUUGUCGCCGUCCUCGGGACGUUUCAUUGUAAAAAUCAGCAACAGCGCAACAGCGUCAUCGUUACCUCGGCCUCGGCUAUGUCCUCUACCCCGAAACAAAAAUGGGGUACUCGAGAUCUGAGACCGGACAGAACCGCAUCGGUCUAUCGCCGUGUUGUCACGUAG